AUCACUUUCAAAAGUCUUCUCUUAUUCCAAGUCUUCUCCUAUCUUUGGAAUUUUUUGCCUUUCCUUCUUUGACCCGUUCCAAUUUCCAUUUCCCAUUUCAUUUUUCUCAUUCUUCUUCACAUCAAUCCUAUCAAAAAUAUCAUCUUAAUCUCUCACAGGGUUUGAUGUGGCUGUGUGGAUUGAAUUGGAUACUAAUUAAUGAGGUUUCUUGAUUUUUGCUUUUGGCUUUGUAUUUAGGAUUUUGGUGAAGAUGGUUUUUGUUCCAAGUAGCCGGAUUUUGAGUUCUUAUGUUUUUGUUAGUUUCUUGUUGCUGAUUAGUUUUGGUAUAACCUAUGGGACUGAAACUGAUAUCUUCUGUUUGAAAAGUAUAAAAAAUUCGAUUCAAGACCCGAAUAAUUAUUUGACAUCUUCAUGGAAUUUCAACAAUAAAACUGAAGGGUUUAUAUGUAGAUUUAAUGGUGUUGAAUGCUGGCAUCCUGAUGAGAAUAAAGUCUUGAAUCUCAAAUUAUCAAAUAUGGGACUCAAGGGUCAGUUUCCUCGGGGCAUUGUUAAUUGUUCGAGCAUGACAGGAUUAGAUCUUUCAGUCAACGACCUAUCUGGAACCAUUCCAGGAGAUAUAUCGACGCUCCUAAAAUUUGUGACGUCGCUUGAUCUAUCUUCAAAUGAAUUUUCUGGGGAGAUACCUGUUAGUCUUGCAAAUUGUACUUAUCUGAAUGUCCUUAAACUUAGUCAGAACCAACUCACCGGUCAAAUUCCUUUACUAUUAGGCACUCUCGAUCGUAUUAAGACAUUCGACGUAUCCAACAAUCUUUUGACCGGGCAAGUUCCAAACUUUACUGCUGGUGGUAAAGUUGAUGUAAAUUAUGCAAAUAAUCAAGGUCUUUGUGGACAACCUUCAUUAGGGGUUUGCAAGGCUACGGCUUCCUCCAAGAGUAACACUGCAGUUAUAGCUGGAGCUGCUGUUGGUGCGGUGACUCUUGCAGCGUUAGGAUUGGGCGUUUUUAUGUUCUUCUUUGUGCGUCGCAGUGCUUAUAGGAAGAAGGAAGAAGAUCCUGAAGGAAACAAAUGGGCAAGAAGUCUUAAAGGAACUAAAGGAAUUAAGGUAUCUCUAUUUGAGAAGUCAAUUUCAAAAAUGAAAUUGAGUGAUCUCAUGAAGGCUACCAACAACUUCAGUAAUAUCAAUAUCAUUGGGACAGGAAGAACAGGAACAGUUUACAAAGCUACCCUUGAGGACGGCACAGCAUUUAUGGUGAAAAGAUUGCAGGAAUCUCAACACUCCGAGAAAGAGUUUAUGUCUGAGAUGGCGACACUAGGGACUGUCAAACAUCGUAAUCUGGUUCCACUUUUAGGUUUUUGUGUGGCCAAAAAGGAGAGGCUUUUGGUCUUUAAAAACAUGCCGAAUGGAAUGCUCCAUGAUCAACUACAUCCUGCUGCCGGUGAGUGCACACUUGACUGGCCUUCGAGACUCAAAAUCGCAAUUGGAGCAGCCAAAGGAUUUGCAUGGCUUCAUCAUAGCUGCAACCCUCGCAUCAUCCACCGAAACAUAAGCUCUAAGUGUAUCUUGUUGGACGCAGAUUUUGAGCCCAAAAUUUCCGAUUUCGGCCUUGCCAGAUUGAUGAACCCGCUCGAUACGCAUUUAAGUACUUUCGUAAAUGGGGAGUUCGGCGAUUUUGGUUAUGUGGCUCCUGAGUAUACAAAAACCUUGGUUGCUACGCCUAAAGGCGAUGUUUUUAGCUUUGGGACUGUGCUUCUUGAGUUGGUGACCGGCGAAAGACCUGCAAAUGUGGCUAAAGCACCAGAAACUUUUAAAGGAAAUCUCGUAGAAUGGAUUACGGAGCUUUCAAGCAACUCAAAACUCCACGAUGCCAUCGACGAGUCACUUCUCAACAAAGGUGAUGACAACGAGCUUUUCCAAUUUUUAAAGGUUGCAUGCAACUGUGUUACAGAAGUUCCAAAGGAGAGACCAACCAUGUUUGAAGUAUAUCAGUUUUUAAGAGCUAUUGGUGGUAAGUACAAUUUCCAAACUGAAGAUGAAAUAUUGGUACCUGAAGAUAUUAUUGGUGAUAAUAACAUGGUGGAACUUAUUGUUGCUAGAGAAGGAAAAUAAUUGAAAAAGGUGUGCAAGAUAUAUAUAGGGUAUGUGUAAUCAGUUUCUAUAUGUAAUUAUCUAUUUCUUACUUUGUUGUCCUAAAAUAAAUGUUAGCUUUUUAUAUAGUUUUUUGAGGAUCUAGAUCCAGUAGUGUGCCAUUGAUAUUAAAAUGUCAAUAUAAAAUCAUUAAUCAUGGAUUAUAUAUA